AUGUCCAAAAUUAGCUUGGCUUCGUCACUCCUACUCUUAGCCGUAUACGUGGAUUUUUCUUCUGCCUGCUUUGCUUCAGGAGUUUGUGGAGGUGGUUGUGCACCACCACCGCCACCUGCUUGCGCUGGAGGAUGCGGAGGUGGUUAUUCGUGUGGUCAUUACGGUUGCUAUCGUGCUAGAGCUCGUGCUGCAUCCGCGCUAACAUUAUCAGUAGACGGUCGCGAAAAGAAAGCAGCCACACCCGACGAAAAAUUCAUGUCAUGCUGUAUAGACAGAAAUCUUCCGGAUUCAUGUUUGAACAAAUGCUCGUUCCGUACUUACACUAAAGCUGCUCUACAGGCAAUGUACUUCAAGCAAGAUUCAUGCCCAAUGCAAGCGGCCGCUGAUAUGCAGUACUGUGCUGCUCAAGGAAGAGAUCACAGGGAAUGUUGUGCCAGAAAUGGAGUAGCAACUACAUUAGCUGGAUACAAAUGUAUGACAUUCUGUGAUCAACGUCCAGGAAAUGUCACUCAAUUGGAUUUCACUUAUUUGGCUUGUUAUGAUCGAUUUGAGAAUAUGAAAGCUUGCUUUUGGCAUAAUUUAUCGCAAGAAUCCGAGCCUGCCGUUGAUUUUUCGGAGGAUGAUGGGACCCGUGAGGAAUUUGCCGUCAUGGAACAACAAGAUAGUCCCCGUGUGAAUCUAAGAGUUGGUGGAAGCUCACGCACAUUCCAAGCGAAAACUUUCAAUUAG